UUUGAAAGAAGUUGCUCCUUCGCCUCGGAAAAACAUAAAAAAGUUCGACCAAUUAUUACCAAAUUUUAUAGAUUUCAUCGAGUGCGAUGAUGCAUAAAUAUUCUCAUCGCGUUGAAAAUAGUGGUGAAAAUAGUUUUUAUGCGGAAAUAUUUAUUUUAGAUAACAUUUCGUAAUUAGAUUCGUAACAUUUGAAGGUUAACUUUUUAUUCGCGAGAUGAUAAUGAAAAAGUUAUCGUUUUGGAAUUUACUCAAGAUGAAUCCCGUAUUGGCCGUUGAGUUAUUGUUCUUCGCCAUCUUCGGUCAGACGACCCACGAACAAUUCAAGGUUGAAAAAACGCAGCCCGGAUGGACCAAAGUUCUCUUCAAACUCGCCUUCGGUAUUUAUAUGCUGGUUUCGGUGGUUGUGCUGAUUAAUCUUCUAAUUGCCAUGAUGAGUGGCACUUACCAAAGGAUACAAGCUCAGUCCGACAUCGAAUGGAAAUACGGAUUGAGUAAGCUCGUUAGAAAUAUGCACAGGACAAAUACGGCGCCAUCACCAUUGAAUCUUCUUACCACCUGGAUGACAUAUUUGUUCAAACACUGCAAAAAACGCGCUGCGAAAAAACAACGACCUUCUCUUGUCCGCUUGAUGGAGUUACAAAGAACUGAUGCUCUUUCUCCACGCUCCAAAAUGGGCAUCAAAUGGUUAUCCAAAGUAAAAAAGACUCAAGUGGCUCAUAAAGAAAGUAUUGCCUUAUCAGUUGUUCAUUUAAGUCCUCUUGGCAGUCAAUUAUCGUUUAGUAAUGCUGUCAGAAUCGAUAACGUUGUCGAUUGGGAAGCGGUUCGACGAAAAUAUCGAGAUCUUUAUGGUGAAAAGAUCGAAAAACAUACCGAAGAAUCGAAAGAUAUUAUCGAACACGACCCUCUACCGGCUGUUUUGGAAAGUUCAUUGGCCGGUGUUCCUAUUGGAAACCAAGUUGUAUCUACUUCUGUUUCUUGAAUCGAUUAUUUUUCACAAUCGA